GGGAAAAUGAAGUCUUUGUAGUACACCGUGAAUAAUAAAUUCGAUCCUGUGAGGUUCCCCAACUGAAACAACACUGAGACAUGUGCCUUGAAGGUAUAGAGAACCCCAAAAUCCCAAGAGGAUAAUACAAUAUCCUAUCUGAUCUGCAAAGGCAACGUGUUUCCUAAUUCGAAUGCAGUUAAUGGCGAUAUGCUCAACCCGGGUUUGGUUUGGGACAAAAAUAUUGAUCGUCAAGGCUGCAAUCCGUACCAAUAAAGUCCCAUCGCUGUUGAGUCCCGAGAAUACGAGGCAAUUGCUGAUUAGUCAGUUGGCCGCGCGGAGAUCGUUGGCUGAAGCGUUCGGGGUUGCGUGGAACUAUUGACUUUGCUGAUGAUCAGGGGCACAUACUUAACUUGUAUCUCGAAGAAAUUGAGAAAGACUUAAACUCCAACAUUUCUGGAUGAGCGAUGCUGGUGAAAGGCAUCCGAAAUAUCCUUAGGUGGGACGCACCCCUCCUCAAGUAUCGUCAGCUUCGACAAGACUCAACUGGACCCGAUCAAGGGACAACGUCUGUCUCGAGAGAUACAUCGAGUGAUCCCAGUAUCGGGACAGCUGAAAUGGCGAUUCCAGGGGGUCGUUCAAUCCGUGCAUCUAGCCCUACGUCUAGUUCAUCAAUGGCUGCCGCCGCCUUGGCAGAAGAGGCUCAUCAGCUUCCAAAGCUUUCCCUUGGGCUGUUGAUAGCUCUGACGUGCAGUAUUGGAGGACUCCAGUUUGUAUGGUCAACGAUCUUUUCUCAUGGCUCGGCAUACCUUUUCUCUCUUGGAAUCACCGAGUCGCAAUCCUCCCUGAUAUGGGCCAUUGCACCAAUAUGCGGUGCAUUCGUUCAACCGGUCGUUGGUGCACUAGCAGACAACUCUCGGUCUCGCUGGGGACGGAGGCGACCUUUCAUCCUGGGUGGAGCAAUUGGGGUUGUCAUCUCUAUCAUUUUGCUAGCAUGGAUUGACGAUAUCAUGCGUUGUCUAACUGCUAUACUCGGCAUCCAAUCCAAGGAUACAAUUCAGACAACCGUCCAGGUCGGUACUAUUGUUUGUAUCGCACUUCUCAACCUUGCUGUACAGCCGCUACAGCUGGGCUUGCGUGCCUUGAUAGUCGACGUCUGCCCCUCAGAGCAACAAAGUCUUGCCAGCGCCUGGGCUGGGCGAUUUACCGGUAUCAGCAACAUCCUAGGAUAUCUGCUUGGUUCGCUCUCAAUUGGUCCUCUGGCAGAGGAUGACGAGUCCUGGAGGUUCCGCUUCUUGUCACUUCUGACCGUCUUCAUGCUCUCUUCCACCGUUGUCAUCACCCUAUUCUUCAUCCGCGAACAUCAUGCCGGCGACUUAGUUGCAGAGGUCCAAGAGCCAACGUCUAUUUUCCACGUCUUCCGAGAUGUUAAAGACGGUUGGGCGAUCAUGUCCCCGCAAGCGCGACGCGUGUGCUUAGUACAAUUCUGUUCCUGGAUGGGCUGGUUUGGUUUCCUAUUCUACAGCACAUCCUACGUCGGCCGUCUUUACCUUGCGGAAUCGCGGAAACAAGGUGUGGAGCCAACCGAUGCAUUGAAAGACGCAAGUAUACGGAUAGGGACGUUCGCAAGCGUGCUUUCAUCCAUCACAGCUUUCGCAACGACAGUGAUCGCCCCACACAUUGCCGCCAGUAAAUCAACACUCCCCUCGCCCAUCCUCGACGGGCUGAAGGCCAGAGUUAGUGCAGGUUGGUGGCGACAGAAACACAUUCUCUGGGCCAUGAGCUUGUUUCUCUACGCAUUCUGCACCUUUUGCACCUUCUUUAUCUCUUCUACCAAUGCAGCGAUCUUCAUCGUCACUCUGGUCGGUCUGUCCUGGGGAAUCACGCAGUGGGCACCUUUUGCUCUGCUCGGCGAAGAAAUCGCCAUGCACGAAGUCGAAGGCGAAGAUGAUGACUCCGAAGUCGAGAAGGGACGAGAAGGAAUGACUGCCCAGAGCGGCGCGAUCAUGGGCGUUCACAAUGCUGCGAUUUCCAUACCACAGAUCUUGGCUGCUUUUGGCAGCAGUUUCAUCUUCUGGCUAUGCAAGGGGGACAAGCCUGGAGAGGGCAACGGGAUCCCGUGGGUGUUGAGGAUCAGCGGUGUUGCUGCUCUUGUUGCGGCGUAUUUUGCGUGGCGUCUUAAAUAGAGCCUUCCUGGUAUAUCUACUAACGCGGCCGGUUUCUUAUGUUUUCGGAGUUUGGAACAGAGGGAAAUGAUUAGACUAAUAAUAAUAAUGUUGAUUCACUAGGACAUUCUAUUGCGAUAUUUGUUCUCUGAACACACAGUUAGCAAAUAUUGAAACAGCUAAUGGCGGUCAUGAUUGGUGCAAGUACGAUAGGUAAACAGCAGCAUGUGUGCUUCAGAUACGUCAAAUCGGC